AUGCGAAACACCCCCGAGACAGUUCAGUUGCCGCCUCUUCGAAACACUCGUUCUCCAUCGAUUCCGAGGAUGUAUUCCGAAGACCCUCCGAAUCGCUACAAGAAAUCCACCAUCUCUGAGAAGAUUACGCCGCUCAGCGAUGGGAUAGAACAUACCUUUAUGCAAUGGAGCGCGUCCAUUCGGGACCGCCUCGUAGUCAAUGAGGAUCACUACCCUACCGACGUCUCGAGAAGAGCGUUGAUAUGGGGGACUACGACUGGCCUGGCAAAGAAAUACCUCGAACCCCAAUACCUAUCCGCGACACAUGGGUUUCGGAGUGCCGACGAGAUGAUGGACCUGUUGGGUUCAUAUUACCUCACUGGCAACGAAACGGACAGGCCCGGAACCUCUUCGACGACCUCCAAAUGGGAGAGAAAGGACAUACCAACGAGACUUUCUCAGAGUUCAAAGCUCGCUUCCAAAGUGCAGCUAUUACGGGACAGGUCACAGAGUCGGAAUGGUUUCGAAGCCUCUGGUCUCCUUCCAGAGGACUCCUUUUACGCCCACGGCCCCAAGCCGGACAUUACAGGCCGCGUGCGGACCGCCGUGCCGGCUACGUCCGGGAACUGUUUCAAGUGCGGCAAGCCGGGCCAUUUCCAAGACAAAUGCCCGCUCAACCCCACCGUCAAGGAGAUUGACCGCGAAGCCCCUGAGGACGAAGAGCAGUGGGAGGAAGCAGUCGCCCACCAGUCGGAUGCGUCCCUGGAGGAAAACGACGAGGCCUAG